AUGCUUAGACUUAAGUGUGCUUCGCAGCGCUAUGACUGGGGAAAGGUGGGCAUGAACAGCAUUGUCUACCAAUUACAGGUCGCAUCAGAAAAUCCGGACAUCUUUCAUGUCGAUUUACCCUACGCAGAACUGUGGAUGGGUACUCAUCCCUCUGGGCCUUCCUGUCUCUGGGACAAUCCGCAUGUUACCUUGGCAACCCACAUUCAGGAGAAUCCUGCUUCUCUCGGAAAGCUCUCUUUGAUCUACUUUGGGCGACGCUUGCCCUUCCUCUUCAAAGUGCUUUCAGUUGCUAAGGCACUCUCUAUUCAAGCACAUCCUGAUAAGAAAAUGGCGGUUCGUUUGCACGCAGAGCAGCCAGACCUCUACAAAGACGGGAGUCACAAGCCCGAGAUGGCAAUUGCGCUGACCGAUUUUGAGGCGUUGCUGGGAUUCCGUCCACUCAACCAAAUUCUUGCCUUUAUUCAAGCCUUUCCCGAGUUGGCCGAACUUACUACCCUGGAACUACCGUCCCCAGAGGAAAAGAGAGAUGUGCAACCUCCUUCCAUCAAACAACUCUACUCCAAUCUGAUGAGGUCUUCUUCAGAGAAAGUUGAAUCGACUAUCAAAUCCCUUUUGAAUCGCUUUACGACUGGUUUGAAGUCGGUCUGUGAUCCACCCCUUAGUAUUCCAGGUGUGGAUCCGCAGGAGGAAGAUGUCCAAGCGUUGGUUGAUCUCUUCCUCCGUCUAACGCAGGCAUUUCCUGGUGAUGUUGGCUGUCUCAGUAUUUUCUUUCUCAACUACAUCAGGCUAAAAUCGGGAGAAGCCAUCUUCUUAAAGGCGAAUACACCACACGCCUACCUCUCCGGCGACUGUGUAGAAUGCAUGGCCAACUCGGACAACGUGGUGCGCGCGGGUCUGACGCCCAAGUUCAAGGACGUGGAGAGGUUACUGGAGAUGCUGGAUUACACUCCACUAACAGAUUCGCUACGGCUCGGUGCGACUCAGCCGAUCCCAACGCCUGAGGGGAUUUCUCUGAAGUCAUUUAUACCUCCGGUGUCUGAGUUCGCAGUCGAUGUGAUUCAGUUCGACGCGGAGAGCCGAGGCUUUAGCCUCCCUUCAGUCCCCACGGCGAGUAUUCUCCUCUUUCUUCAUGGUCAAGGCACCAUCACAUGCUCCGGCACAGGCGAAGCCUGCUCACAAGAAACAAAAUUCGGUCCUGGCUUUGUCUACUUCGUGCCAGCCGAUAUGAUAGUCAAUUUGGUUUCGAAGGAGGAUAGAAAAGGUUCGUUGCAUGCCUUUCGUGCCUACGUGAACAGGAAGUGA